GUAUUCUCUAACCACCUUCUUUAACUGUCUGUAUUGGUAGGAUAUGGACCGUCAACUACUGUAGAUAAUAGACAGCAAAAGUUUAAACCUGGUUCCUUAUUACGGUUUUGCAGCCACCUUUAACCCAAAGACCGUGUAUUCCAUGAAUCGAACAUUACUGGAGUGAGUUGAUGAAUGUACAUAAAAGUAAUCAUUUUGCAUGACUGGACCAUUUAUUGAUUAUCUUUAAGCGCGUUCUUCAAAGUUUGCUCACGCUACUAAGCAGCAUGGGAGAUGCUUCGGACUAUUUGAAAUCUUGGAAACAGGUUCACUCAUGUGUCUGGAAUGCUUCGGACUAACUUUACCGAAAGCUGAUGAUACUGUCCCUAUGAUGAAAAACUUUCAACAGUUGGAAAUCUUGGAAACAGCGCGUUUUUCAAAGUUUGCUCACGCUACUAAGCAGCAUGGGAGAUGCUUCGGACUAACUUUACCGAAAGCUGAUGAUACUGUCCCUAUGAUGGAAGACUUUCAACAGUUGGAAAUCUUGGAAACAGGUUCGCUCAUGUGUCUGGAAUGCUUCGGACUAACUUCACCGAAAGCUGAUGAUACUGUCCCUAUGAUGAAAAACUUUCAACAGUUGGAAAUCUUGGAAACAGGCAGCAAAAGUCCAAACCUGGUUCCUUAUUACGGUUUUGCAGCCACCUUCAACCCAAAGACCGUGUAUUCCAUGAAUAGAACAUUACUGGGCCUAUGUUGUGCUCAUUUUGAUAACUUUAUUAUUUGGCAGACCAACUUUGUCUACCACAAACUGGACGCCGAUAUAUUCUACAACUUCGUACUCAACAGGGUCAUGGGUAUCAUUCUCAAAAUAUACUUUAUAGUACUUGAUCCACAAAAUAGUCGUUGUGGUGUAGUGUUUUGGAUUGUUUUAUUGUAA